AUGACCAACACAAGUACACCAAAGGACUUUAUCCUUUUAGGCUUCUCCAAAUGGCCCCAGCUGGAAAAAGUUCUCUUCUGGAUUGUGGCUAUCUUCUACAUCAUGACUGUCUUUGGCAAUAUGACAAUCAUUAUGCUCUCUUGUAUUGACCCUCAUCUCUACACCCCUAUGUAUUUCUUUCUCAGCAAUCUCUCCUUCUUGGAGCUCUGCUUUACCACAACCUCAGUGCCUCAGAUGUUGUCAAAUUUGUGGGGGCAAGAGAAGACCAUAACUUACACAGGUUGUGUCAUCCAACUGUUCAUGUUCCUUGGUGUUGGUGUGACAGAAGGUGUCUUGCUGGUGGUGAUGGCAUUUGACCGCUAUGUUGCUGUCUGCCAGCCACUGCACUACACCAUCAUCAUGAACCGUCCACUCUGUUGGAAGCUUGCCCUUAUGGCCUGGAUCUCUGGCCUGAUGGAAUCGCUGAUCCAAUCUCCUAUUACACUUCAGCUGUCCUUCUGUGCCCACCAUCGUGUGGAUGACAUUCUCUGUGAGGUGCCUGCUCUCAUACGUCUGGCAUGUGGAGACACUACCUUAAAUGAGUGGCCAAUGACCAUCUCAGCCAUCCUGUUCACUAUCCUGCCUGUGGCUUUGAUCUUAACUUCUUAUAGCUAUAUAGCUCAAGCCAUAUGGAAAAUCAAAUCAGAAGAAGGGAGGCAAAAAGCCAUUGUCACCUGCUCCUCCCAUCUUUUGGUUGUCUUCAUGUUUUACGGGACAGUGGCAAUGGCUUACACAGAUCCUAAAAGCAAAUUUGCUUCUGAAUAUGGUAGAUUCUUCACCUUCUUCUACACUGUGGUCACACCAUUAUUGAACCCUCUCAUCUAUACCCUGAGGAACAAAGAGGUAAAAGAGGCUCUGCAAAGAUUGCUGAAGAAGAGUAUCAGGCAAUGGAAAAUGUAG